AUGCGGCUCCUCCACACCAAGGACUACCAUUUCGAGGAGAAGAACGCGUCAGAGGUUCAGUACGCCAUCCUGAGCCAUACCUGGGGACCUGAAGAGAUCUUAUUCGAGGAUGUGGCUCGUUCUGAGGGGUCGAGCCUCUGGGAGUCCAAGCAGGGGGCAGCCAAGGUGAGGGCAUCCUGUGCAUUUGCCCUGGCGGAAGGCUUCGAGUAUAUCUGGAUCGACACGUGCUGUAUCGACAAGUCCAACAGCGUCGAGCUCUCAGAGGCCAUCAACUCGAUGUACGAGUGUUAUCAGCUUGCCGACGUCUGCUAUGCAUAUCUCGCCGACGUACAGCGGAGAUCUGACCUGGCGUCCUCGAGAUGGUUCACACGUGGAUGGACAUUGCAAGAAUUAAUCGCGCCCCCGAUGGUCAAAUUCUUAAACAGCUCAUGGGCUCUGCUGGGCACCCGGGGACUGCUGGCGAGCCAGGUCGAAAAGAUCACGUCGCUUCCGAAAACGCUUCUGACGGAUCGCAAAGGCUACGUCGACUGGAUUGCCGCUGAGCGUGUACUGCAGACGACAAGCAUUGCGAAUCGCAUGUCCUGGGCGGCGAAGCGCGUGACAACUCGACGAGAAGACCUGGCAUAUUGCCUGAUGGGCAUAUUUGGCGUCAACAUGCCGCUGAUCUAUGGUGAGGGAGGGGCCAAGGCUUUUACUCGUCUACAGGAGCAAAUCAUGCGGCAGUCUGGAGAUCAGUCUAUUCUCGCUCAUGGCUCAAGGUUCCUCCUGGCGAAGGAUCCGCAGCUUUUCAUUGGCGGCAUUUCCAUCAUUAACCAAUACCGCCAGAGUGCAAUCAAUAUGGCUGGGAACGAAUUGGUUCUUGAUGUGACUCUAAUACCGUGCACAACCAACUACACAGAGUCUGGGGGUACUUGCCUCGCUGUGCUGAACUGCACCUUCCACGAUCCUGGAUAUUUCGAUCGACUGGCUCUCGUGGUUCAGUGCGUCGACGAAGAACAGAGGCGAUACCGCGUCCUCCGUGGCCGCUCAAAAUGGAUUGUAGAGCUCUCGCCACGCCACCCAUUACCACGAGGGCCAUCAACGGAGCUUAGCGAUGGCUGGGGUGGCUGCCAGGUGCUGAGCAUGGACAUGGCUGGUGCGUACACUGCAAGAAUCAGCCUCGAGAUAUACGACUAUGAGCGGCAUGACUAUUCGAUACACGGCAGCAUGGUAGUACAGCUUCAAGUGGUUCCCAGUCUGCAGGAUAGGUACGAAGUCGUGUCAUCGUUGCCCGCCAUGACGGGAAAUUAUAUCCUAGCAAAAUGCGAGUCAAACAAAGACGAGGCCGCGCACAUUACGGGCUCUGACGAGGACCGCCAGUGGCUUGGCACCAUCUUGUUAUCAAAACGAGCUAUCAUUACUCGCGCGUCGGUCGGCGUUGACCCGGAUGAUCGCAUCGUGCUCCUUUGGGGUCGGUUCAAGGAGAGAAACACCUCAGGAGGACUUCCGUCCAAGCCGUGGUGCCAGCUCGCGCGGGCAGCUUCGAUACAGAAGUACGCCGACGAUAUGAUCUUCGUUGACCACGCCAGAUUAAAGCCUGAAGACAGAAUCGAGAAGCCCCCUUGGUUCAGCAAGUCCACGGACGUAUUUGAGCAGCUCGAGGAGCUCCCGUAUGAUCCGAGCUUCAUGCUCUGGUACGAAGCGGCCCAGCGCAGCAAACCUAUCAUCUCCCAUUUUCUCCAGGCGCUCGAACCGGCCCUUAUGGAUGCUGCUUCUGAAGCACAAGGGACAUCCAGUCUUAAGAUUGGGAAUGACUUCGAGAUGGUGGCCAGCAUCGAACCAACCACGUACUUGGGAUCAACUGUGUACACUCUUCAGCUAAAGGAGCAACCAGUGCAGACUGACGGAGAAGCGGAAACAAACGACUGCCAGCUCAAAGACCAGGAGCAGCCAUGA